GAGCUCUGCCCAGCUUCUGUCGUCUAUCAGUUUGUGCAACACCACAGCGUCUUUCUCUAGAUCCGUUCCUUGUGGCCAGUACUCCUGUUGGUCGCUUCUAUUGCCAUGUCUCUUCCAGUGCAGCUGACCGAGCUGGUCGAUUUCAACCAGCGGAGCUUGUUUGUUUCGGCCGCUGCCAUCGCCUUCAACCCGACCUUCUGGAACAUCGUCGCCCGCCGAGAAUACCGCACCAAGUUCCUUACCCGACUCUUUGGCGGAAACUCCCAGGCAGCAUGCUAUGCCCUGGCGGCAACCAUUUUCUUGCUCGGCCUCGUCCGUGAUUUUCUCUACGAGCGCGCCCUCCGCGACCAACCGUCACACCCGGCUCUCGAUGAACCCCUCGUGAAAUAUGCCGCCUAUGCGCUGCUAGCUGUCGGCAACAUCUUCGUCAUCUCCUCCACAUGGCAAUUGGGUAUUACGGGUACAUUCCUGGGCGACUACUUCGGCAUCCUCAUGGACGACAUCGUGACGGGCUUCCCCUUCAACAUCACCAACGCUCCGAUGUAUUAUGGCUCCACCAUGAGCUUCCUCGGCAGCGCGCUGCUGUACGGAAAGCCCGCUGGCAUAUUACUUACGUUGCACGUGUUGGUGGUCUACCUGGUCGCCAUCCAGUUUGAGAACCCGUUCACCGCGGCUAUUUAUGCCAAGCGUGACCGGGAAAGAACCAAGCCUGCUGGGGAGAAGUUCGAGAGCAAGAAGGAGCUCUAAGUUCGGGAGUGCUGUGGAAUAGCUCCAAGGCCCUAAACGGAAAAAGCGCUGAGCCCCGCUGGACGUCUUGCCAUGCAUAUCUCGCGCGGUAGGCCGAUCGCUCACACUCACCGCGGCCUUACAAGCCAUCGUCCGCACGCCGUUGGCCAGGCGGUGCAGCCCGGCGAGCGAGAUCUAAGCAUGCGGCUUCACAUUUCGCAGCGUCGGUUGCCCAGAGUCCUCCCCUCAACGAUGGUGGCUGUGGUGCGAGAAGCACCCGGUAGAGGAUUGGCCACAGCGAGGGUCGAGGUAGCUCCGUCCAAUGUCGUUGGUCAUCAACUGGCCCAACAAGCCAAACAAAACAGACAGAUGCACAAUUGAGAGUUGGAAUAGAAAUAACCUUGGAAACCGUUGAUUCCAUUUGAAGCUCUAUCUUUCUCAUCGAUCCAGCAAACACCGUUGA